AUGAAGAGCCGGCCUUCUCCAAGAGAAUAUCACUGGGGACUAAUUGUCACUGAUAACAUUGGGCGGCCCGUUCUUCAUCACGCGACGAACCUUACGGGACCUUGGGAAUACGAGGAGAGACGGAACGAAUCGGCUAUUGACCUAACUCUGAUCGUACUGGUCAAAGCAAGCGGCGUCUCCAAUUUGCCACGCGCCACGCAGAUCAUCCAGUCAGUUCCUGCAGAUGGUAAGCCAUCUCGUCGAACUGGAGCGGCAUUCACGUGCCGAAUUUGGGUCAAGGAUGCUCUAGUCGAACUACACGAAACAGGAGAGAUCUUUCUUGCCGAUGAUAUUGAAGUGAUUGAGACAGAAGCAAUAGCAUAUGCAGAGAGGUAUGCUGCUGACAGCGAGCAGGGCAAGGGGACAGCAGUUGUCAAUAGUGCCUUUGCAUUGAGCCUUCAAUGGCCGCCUAUCAGAGGACGUGGAAGGCGUGUUUGCAUAUUAGAUUACUGGUAA